AUGGCAACACCAGCUCCCCUCACUCAAUUCCACCACUUCCCUUCUCUCCCCUAUGAACUCCGCCUCAAGAUAUACAACAUCCUCCUCAACGAACCGCGCAGCGUCAAAAUCGACGGCAAAAGACCCGUUAUGAAAAUAGGUCGAAAACGGUACUUAGAAACCUACACUACAACGACACCUAUUCCAUCCCUCCUACACACUAAUCACGAAACACGCGCCGAAGCACUGACACACUAUCAUGCACAUUUCCGCACCGAGCACUCUCCAAGUUACAUCUACGUAAACUUUGACAGAGACACCAUUAGUCUCGCCGAUGGAGUAAUAGCAUACCUAUCCGGGAAAGAACUAAAUGGAAUCCAAAAAUUACAUUUACAAAUCGAAGAUACGGCGUAUUUUGGACAUUAUAAUUUGAAGAGGUUGGAGGAGAUGAGGGGGUUAAAGGAGGUGGAAUUGGUGGGUUUGGGUCAGGAUGCUGGGACGUGGCAAUUGAGGGGACAUUAUUUCAGGGGAUUGGUGAGGGAGAUUAGGGAGAUGAGGAGGAGGGCGCCGCUUUGGGAUUGUCCGAGGGUGAGGAUUGUGCAUGCGGAUUCCGGGGAGGAGUUUGCGGUUGUGGAGGGGGGGGGUUGGUCGGAGGAUGAUGAGGUGGAGGAGGGGGAGGGUUGGAUGGAGGUUGAGAUAGAGACGGUGGAUGAUUGA